AUGGAGGAAAAAUUAGAUCAAAGAAGUGGACCUGAAGGAGGCAUUCCUACCAUGGAUGCACAGCAAUUUGCAGCAUUCUUCAGUCAAAUUGCAAAGAUCCAAAGCCAUAUCAACAAGACAAAUCCAAAUCAAGAUCUCUCCAGCUCCUAUUACAUACUUCUAUCUGAAAAUCCAAGUAUACCUAUCACUAAUGUGACUCUUACUGGUUUUAACUAUAGUGCAUGGAGCAAAGCUAUGAUUAUUGUUCUCUACUCUAAAAAUAAAUUUGAAUUUGUGGAUGACUCUAUUAUUAAACCUAAGAAGACUGAUCCAAUUUUUAAGGUAUGGAAAAUAUGCAACAUAUAUGUAGUUGCCUGGAUAAAUUUGUCACUUAGUCCAAACAUCUAUCAGAGUGUUCUCUGGAAUAAUGUCGGUUAUAAACUCUGGAAUGAUCUUAAGCAUCGUUACUAUCAAGGAAUUGUUAGGCUUCAAAGAGAAAAGGAUAGAGUCACGAAAUUCUUUAGAGGACUUGGAGAGCAAUACUCUACUGUUAAAUCUCAAGUAAUGUUGAUGGCAAGAAUAAUAUUAAGUAACAUGGGAAAAGUUUGGAAGAAUCAAUCAACCAAGGGACAAAAUCACAACAAACUGCAAUGUAUUCACUGUGGUAAAACAGGACACACAUCGGAUAAUUGCUACAAAAAGCAUAGAUAUCCACCUAAUUCUAAACCUCGUUAUGAGAAGAAAAAUUCUGUCAUGAAUUUCUUAACUACAGAUAAUGCUGAGGAUGAUAGUGAUAAUCUCAGUGAUUGA